UUGAAAUGCCUGCAACUCAAAUUUCAAAGUUCAUGGCACGACUGUUGCUUUUCGCUGCCUCGUUUAGCUUGUAAUCAAAUUUUAUAUUUAAGUUCGAGUUAAGUAUACGCAAGUCACCGAAAUUGUAAACUGGGAUGGCAACUAUUGAGACUUCGCAGGCUGCUUCUGGCAGGCGUUCUUUUAAGUCAGGCGAUCUUGUGGCAUGCUACGAUCCUUUGAUCUGGGUACUGACGAGUAGUGCCUACAAAACGCGUUGUGCCUCCUGCCUGCGGGAAAGUCAGGAACUGCGAACAUGUUCGGGAUGCAAGCUGCACCGCUACUGUAACGUGACUUGCCAGUCUGACGACUGGAAGUGGGAGCAUAAGCUGGAAUGCAGCCUGCUGAAGCAAACCAAUCAGUCGGAUGGCUCCUUGGAGACCGAUCGCGGACCAUCGGCCUCGAGCAGCAGCACAAAGUACAGCAGCCUGGACGUUCCUCGUGAUCUCAUCGCCAAGUUGAUCAAUAAAUUCAAGCUGGGCGUUAUGGUGGAUAUUCCGGGGUUCGGUCUCAAAACCGCCAAGGAACUGUGGAACAUGCUGCCGUCCAAUCCAAAAUUAGCGCGACUUAAUAAGAAAGAACAGCUUUCCUUGUCGAAGAUCACGGAUCCCAAGCUGGGGUUUUCCUUGCCGACAUGGUCACCUUUUCUGCGAAUAUCGCCUACAACGCUAUGCCCAUCGAGGAUACGCUGAACGGUGUGGCACGCAUUGGUACAGCGGUUUAUCCACUCGCGUCACCUCGUCUUAUGACACCGGUGUGCUGGGAUACAAAUGUCGUGCUGACUUUUCGAGGACGACGUUUGACCAUACACGCUGUGGAGGAUAUCAGCAACUACACCGGACAGAAAGAUCUGAGAUACAAUAUCAUGCCGGAACCGUUCUAUAUGACACGAGCCGAGCGUCGUGCGGAGUUCGAAAAACUGCACGGAUAUCCCUGCACAUGCCGCAAAUGCUCUCCGCAAUACGAUGCCGACAUCAAUCCACUGAAAUGCGUGAACAUGGGCUGUCCGAAUCGAAUUCCCAGCGACGACCGUGCUCUGCAGCCCUGUUCGGAGUGCGGUGCGCUGAACAAGGAACGGUUGGUGCGCUUCCGUCGUUUCUUGCAGCAGCAUGAGAACGUGAAGAUUCGCUUUCGGAAAGAACUCCACGUGCCCAUGAUGAUGGAUCUAUGCAAGGAGAUGGACGCGGUCGACAUUCUGCAGCCGGAUGCGCAUAUCCGUUACGUGUGCGGCUGGGGAUUACCAAGGACGCUGUACGAUGACAAUCGCUUUGAAGAGGGCUGGAAAAUGAUGCAGGAGUUCAUCGUUUGUGCACGAAAUAUUUACCCGAAAUACGAAGUCUCUCGCGCUAUUGUUCUGUCGCUGGCCGGAAUGUCGGCGGCUAUUGCUCUCAAGAAACUUGUGGUCCAGCGGGCUGGUCAGGUGCCGGCAGCGGAAAAGGAGCAACUGCAGGCGAUGUUGGACACGGCUUGUCCGGUUAUUCUCAAUUACUCCCACGAAUCCGCCGAUAUCUUCGUGACUCUGUAUGGGGAGUUUUCUAAGCAGGCCAUGGAAAGACGGGACAUGCUCACACGUACCAUUGCCUUGGUGCACGACAUCAAGAAAGUUUUUCGUAACAGUAAAUAGCGUGGGAUAUGCGACAUUGGGCAUUUUGUUUUCUGAAGUAAUCAUG